AUGAGCAACACUACCGUCGUCCCCAGCACUGCGGGCCCAGGCCCCAGCGGCGGGCCCGGUGGCGGAGGUGGUGGUGGCGGCGGCGGAGGCGGCGGCACCGAGGUAAUCCAGGUGACUAAUGUCUCCCCGAGCGCUAGCUCUGAGCAGAUGCGGACUCUCUUCGGUUUCCUAGGCAAGAUCGACGAACUGCGCCUCUUCCCGCCAGAUGAUUCACCUCUGCCAGUCUCAUCUCGUGUGUGCUUUGUUAAAUUCCAUGAUCCAGACUCAGCAGUUGUGGCACAGCAUCUGACAAACACUGUAUUCGUUGACAGAGCUUUGAUAGUCGUACCAUAUGCAGAAGGAGUUAUUCCUGAUGAGACUAAGGCUUUGUCUCUGUUGGCACCAGCUAAUGCAGUGGCAGGUCUUCUGCCUGGUGGUGGACUCCUGCCUACCCCUAACCCUCUUACCCAGAUUGGCGCUGUUCCUUUGGCUGCUUUGGGAGCUCCUACUCUUGAUCCUGCCCUUGCUGCACUAGGGCUUCCUGGAGCAAACUUGAACUCUCAGUCUCUUGCCGCAGAUCAGUUGCUGAAGCUCAUGAGUACUGUUGAUCCCAAGUUGAAUCAUGUAGCUGCUGGUCUUGUUUCACCAAGUCUGAAAUCUGAUACCUCUAGUAAAGAAAUAGAGGAGGCUAUGAAAAGAGUACGAGAAGCACAGUCCCUGAUUUCUGCUGCUAUAGAACCAGAUAAGAAAGAAGAAAAAAGAAGGCAUUCAAGAUCAAGAUCACGUUCCAGGAGGAGGAGGACUCCUUCAUCUUCUAGGCACAGGCGAUCAAGAAGCAGAUCAAGGAGGCGAUCACAUUCUAAGUCAAGGAGUAGACGACGAUCCAAAAGUCCAAGACGGAGAAGAUCUCAUUCCAGAGAGAGAGGUAGAAGGUCAAGGAGCACAUCAAAAACCAGAGACAAAAAGAAAGAAGACAAAGAAAAAAAACGUUCCAAAACACCACCAAAAAGUUACAGUACAGCCAGACGUUCUAGAAGUGCAAGCAGAGAUAGACAACGACGACGAAGCAGGAGUGUAACAAGAUCUCCUAAAAAACCCAGGUCUCCUAAACGAAAAUUGUCUCGCUCACCAUCCCCUAGGAGACAUAAAAAGGAGAAGAAGAAAGAUAAAGACAAAGAAAGAAGCAGAGACGAAAGGGAACGAUCAACAAGCAAGAAGAAGAAAAGUAAAGAUAAGGAAAAGGAACGGGAAAGAAAAUCAGAGAGUGAUAAAGAUGUAAAACAGGUUACAUGGGAUUAUGAUGAAGAGGAACAGGGAUAUGACAGCGAGAAAGAGAAAAAAGAGGAGAAGAAACCAGUUGAAGCUGGUUCACCUAAAACUAAGGAAUGUUCUGUGGAAAAGGGAGCUGGUGAUUCGCUAAGAGAAUCCAAAGUGAACGGGGAUGACCAUCAUGAAGAAGACAUGGAUAUGAGUGACUGAAUGCUGCCUCUUUGGGACUCCAACUGUAUACAUGCAUCAGUGUCAUUCCUUUGUGUGAUUUCUUAAUGCUGUAUUUGUUCAUCUCAAACCUAGAUGUAUACAGCUGAGUUAUAAAUGGUUAUAAAGCUUCUGACAUUGAUAUUAGUUAUUUACAUCAAAAAGCUUUUAGAAAAAUGGUACAUGGGUAAACAAUUCUUGUCAUGGUGAAAUCUGACUGAGUAAGCAGUUUUACUAUUCUAGUGCUGCUUCUUAAAUACAAAUGAAAAGCUGCAUGCAUCUACAGCAGGCAUGGAUUGUUUAUGUUGUAUGAUCUCCUUUCUUAAGUAAGUUCUCUUAGAGUAUUUCUAGAAUUUGAUUCAUUGCCAUAAUAGAGCCAUGUAGGGAAUGCACUGAUUGCAUGUUACUGUGGCAAGAAUAUCCUAAAUGUCAUUAAAAUCUUCCAACAUGA